CGUAAGGGGAAGCGCGUGGGGAACCCGUGCCCCAUCUGCCGCGACCGCAACCUGCAUGUGGACUUCAGGAACGUGAAGCUGCUGGAGCAGUUUGUGUGCCCCCAUUCCGGCUCCAUCUUCCAUCCCACGCACACAGGUGUCUGCAUGAAACAACACAAGCUGCUGCUGAAGGCCAUCGCUGAGGCACAGGACCACGGGCUGCUAUGGCUGCGGGUGCCCUUCGUUCCUGUGCCGUCAGACGAUUACCUCACGCUGCAUUCGGCCAUCGGAAAGACUCCUCCGGGCCCACAGCUGAGGGAAGGCAGCGCGUGGUACCCGUGGUACGAAUGGCAGCAGCCGCCUGCAGCCGCUGUCGCUCGCCUCAGGCGCAUCUAUAAGGAUUACCUCAAGGAGGAGGAGGGGGGGGGGGAAGCGGCUGUGGCCCAGGGCGAGGGGCAGAAAGCGGGGUCUGAAAUGGGGGUGGAAGGGCAGAAGGGAGGAGUAGAGGCGCAAAAAGGUGGGACGGAGGUGUGAGAAGGGGAAUAAAGA